UUUUUCACUUGAGCCGGAGCUCAUCUAUGUGACUUCUCUCUCUCUCUGUCUCUCUCUCUUCAUCUUUUCCUUCCUGCGCCGCAGCCCUUCCUCCUUCUGGCCAUCUCGCUGCCGACCGCCCCAGCCGCCUCGCUACGUCGCUCGUCUUCCUCCUCGCGCGACCGCCGCCACCGCCGGUUGGUCUCUCCUUCGAUUCUCUCGCUCCCGACCGUUUCUCCUCCCAUCACCCCACGAACGGAUUCCGCCCUUUAGCUCCCGUUCCAUCUCCUUAAUCUUCCCCAAUUCGUAACUGAGGCAAGAACCAAGGUAGGGCGGCCGCCCUACUUUGCCCUACUGGGUCCUCCGCCUAGGAUGACCUGCGAUGGUUUAAUGUUAAGCAUUGAUAUUGGAUUUAGCUAUUUCUUAUGUCAUAAGCUGGAAUGAAGGAUUCUCAGGAUAUUCAGAGCACGACAGAGUUGCAGAUGUCACCACAAGGUACUAAUGAAGUGCAAAGUAACCAAGCAAACACAGUGGGCACUGAUGCUCCUGUAGGGGAUUCUGGUUCUUUGUCAGUCGCUAGUAAUGAUAAUAGAAAAGUCUCCCGCGAAGACAUUGAACUUGUCCAGAAUUUGAUAGAGCGAUGUCUUCAGCUAUACAUGACCAAAGGAGAGGUUGUUAGGACACUAUCUACUCGUGCAAGAAUAGAACCUGGCUUCACUACUUUAGUAUGGCAGAAACUUGAAGAAGAGAACUCUGAAUUCUUCCGGGCCUACUAUAUAAGAUUGAAAUUGAAAAAACAGAUCAUCUUGUUCAACCAUUUGUUGCAGCACCAAUACAAUUUGAUGAAAUAUCCAGCACCUCCGAAUCCAUUGGUUCCAAUGCAAAAUGGAAUACAUUCUAUGCCAGUCAACAAUUUACCGAUGGGGUAUCCAGUACUACAGCAACCUCUGAUGCCUGCUCCCGGCCAGCCUCACAUAGAUGCAAUGGUUUGUGGUCUCUCCAGUGGUCAUGUAGUGAAUGGGAUACCUGCACCAGGUGGCUAUCAUCCAAUUCGCAUGAAUUCUGGAAAUGACAUGGUUGUGGACAACGGUGCACCUGAAGCUGCACAUCCUGGUGCUAUGUCCUCUGAGAUGGCCGUGAGUCCCUCAUCAGCAGCAUCAAGCAACCAUGCUCCUUUCACUCCAUCUGAUAUACCAGGGAUGGCCAUGGAUACAUCAGCCCUAGAUUCAGCAUUUGGAUCUGACGUGGGGAACACAGGACCUCUGCAAUUAGGGCCAGAUGGUUCGUCAAGGGACUCCAUCCGAUCCUUGGGGCAGCUCUGGAAUUUCAGCCUUUCUGAUCUUACAGCAGAUUUGACAAGUUUGGGAGCAAGUAAUACAGGAGUUCAUGUGCACAUUAAGAAAAUGGGUACAACAACAAUAAUCUGUUUGACUUGGAGGCUCUUGAGAACUACGCUGGCACCCCUUUCCUCCCUUCAGACUCAGACCUUUUACUUGAUUCCCCAGACCAUGAUGACAUAGUUGAGUACUUCGCCGACGCCAUCAAUGGGACUCAGUCGGAUGAAGAUAAGUCAUAGAGAACAGAGUUAAAUAGUCUCAUUCAGAUUCAGACAUGGCCGGGGCGUCAUCUCAUGUAGAGUGUACUCUUGCAGCCCAGCAAAUCUAACUGUGUAUGUGCCCUAGAGAAUUUUGUGGUGGUUAAUCCUAACUCUCUGGAAUAAGCAUUCAGGGUAGCCUUCAUCACCAGGUAAAGUCGCCGGCUACAAGAGGAUGAAAAGCUUACAAAUUUGUGUCAAACCUCGUGAACAUUCCUUCGUAAUAGCUAAAGAACUGGACAGCUACUUCACCUUGUCUCGUGCCUUGUCAUGUCUUCCAGGCCAUCCUGUACAGCCGAUUUAAGGUUUCAGAAGUUUGGCUUGUCAUUUUGGCAGCCAGGCCGGUGUUCUACUUUGGUUUUCCGUUGAAAUGCGAAGUUUUUUAAUCA